ACGAUGACAAUUCAGAAGAAGGCCUUCACACCAUCCAUUCGGGAAGGCAUGAAUAUGCAUUCAGCUUCGAGCUUCCACAGACACCACUUGCUACCUCAUUCGAAGGCAGACAUGGCAGUGUGCGCUAUUGGGUGAAAGCCGAAGUGCAUAGGCCUUGGUUUCUACCAGUAAAAUUAAAGAAGGAAUUUACAGUCUUUGAACAUAUAGAUAUCAACACUCCUUCAUUACUGUCACCCCAAGCAGGCACAAAAGAAAAGACUCUCUGUUGUUGGUUUUGUACCUCAGGCCCAAUAUCCUUAAGUGCCAAAAUUGAAAGGAAGGGCUACACCCCAGGUGAAUCAAUUCAGAUCUUUGCUGAGAUUGAGAACUGCUCUUCCCGUGUGGUGGUGCCAAAGGCAGCCAUUUACCAAACACAGGCAUUUUAUGCCAAAGGGAAAAUGAAGGAAGUCAAACAGCUUGUUGCCAACCUGCGUGGGGAUUCCUUGUCAUCUGGCAAAACAGAAACCUGGAAUGGCAAACAGCUGAAAAUUCCACCCGUUUCCCCUUCAAUCCUCGACUGCAGUAUAAUCCGUGUGGAAUAUUCACUGAUGGUCUAUGUUGAUAUUCCAGGCGCCAUGGAUUUAUUCCUUAACUUACCACUGGUCAUUGGUACCAUUCCUCUACACCCCUUUGGUAGCAGAACAUCCAGUGUGAGCAGCCAGUGUAGCAUGAACAUGAAUUGGCUUGGCCUGACACUGCCUGAAAGGCCAGAAGCACCUCCUAGCUAUGCAGAGGUGGUCACGGAGGAACAGAGGCAGUCCAGCCUUGCACCCAUGGGUGCUUGUGAUGACUUUGAGAGAGCGCUUCCAGGACCAUUGUUUGCAUACAUCCAGGAGUUCCGUUUUCUGCCUCCACCCCUCUAUUCAGAAAUUGAUCCAAACCCUGAUCAGCCCACAGAUGAUAGACCAUCUUGCCCCUCUCGCUGAAGGAGUCCAUCGGGAGCUGACUUGGCUUGGGUUUCGGAUCAUACUUAACCGUGUUGAAGGUCAAGGCGUCUUCGUGGAGACACAAUUUCGGAGGAGGUGGUUUUGCUCUUGCCUGUAUGGUGAACAAAUGAAAACAACCUGUGACCAUGCUUUGAAGCCUACAGUAACAUUGUAGGACUGCUCCACAUGCUUGAAGACCUGAGCUUUUUUUUUUCCCUCCCCCCCCCUCCUUUAAAUACUGGCACAUACUAGGAGCAGCCUUACUAACCUACAGUCAUGUGUGUCAAAACACUCAAACCACGUUGUAAGAGAGGGAUGGCUUCCUCUUAUGAUUUGGAGAUUUGCACAUGCUCAUCGCUUACGUUGUGCGGUUCAGUAUCACUACAGCUUUUUCUCAUUUAUGCCGGACUGUUGUUACCCCCUCUUAUUUGUUUGUGGUCCGCACAGUAAGGAGCAAAAGAAAGCUUUGACAUAAAAAAAAAACAACAGCAACAGACUUUGACAAAUGCACUGACUUUUCUUUCUUUAAUUUAAUGUAGCCUGGACUUUACCUGCAUAUGCACAUGCUCAGAAUUGUCCUAGUAGGCUGAUCAUGUAUCACCUCUUCAGCUUGGAUGCUAUUGUGGAUUUAUUUACAAACAUCAAAUGCCUUCAAGCCAAUCUUUCUUGCUGUAUGUUUUGCAGCCUACUGUAGUAGAUACGCAACAGAUGUGGGGCUGGGGCGGGGAGUGGAGAGUUAAUAGAGAGAAACUAAUAGGCUUCAUCAAGAUUGUAUACCUUCUUGAUUUCCUUUCAGAAUUUGUUGCCUUUCUACUAUUAUCGCAAAGCAGCAUUUUGUUACAGACUGCCUAAAAAAAUCACUUAAUCUCAGGUGAACUCAUCACUUGCCAAACUGUUGGAAUGCUAUUUGUUUUGUUACGUUGCACUGUUGAGUUACUUCUUUUUUUUGUUUUGUGUUUGUGUUUUGUUUUUUUGUUCUUUGUUCGAGAGGGGGAUCUGGAAUAGGGACAUACACAAAAGUUACAAAACCCACCCUCAUUCCCAUUUCUCUUUCUGCGUAAUAAAAAAGAUGUUCAAGUUUUGAAGCUUUAAAAAAAAGAAACAAAGGCACAAAUGAAAGCAGCACCAGCAGACACCAGCUCAGCCUCAAAAAAUUUUU